AAGGAACAGCUCCCUGUACGUGACUGGAAGUACGACGCAUUUGUUUGGCUCAUGUCAGUCACCAUCGACCUUUUCUACCGAGAAGUUUCUUACAAAGGAAUUUGCCAUAUUCCUAAGACGCGUCCGACAAUAUUCAUUGCCGCACCACAUCACAAUCAAUUUGUUGAUGGUCUCAUACUCCAAAGAGCAGUACGUCUCGAAGGCGGUAGACGUAUCUCUCUUCUCGUCUCCAAGAACUCGCUCGAAAGCCGUGCAGGAUGGGGUGUACGUCAGACCGGAGCAAUACCUGUCGCUCGACCACAGGACUUAGCAAAGACAGCUAAGGGCACGAUUUAUCUGCCUGAUCCUAUCAAUGAACCUACAACAAUCCGUGGACUUGGCACGGACUUCAGAGCAGAAGCGGAAAUAGGCGGCGCAAUUUUCCUGCCCUCCGGAGCCAGCGCCGAAAUUGACAAGAUCAUGGGUCCUGAGGAGAUACGCAUAAAGCGACCUUUGAACAGGACUUCCCUGUCGCAGCCUAUGUCCAAAUUCCGACUGUCCCCUUAUAGCGAUCGGAAUCAACUUUACCAAGCCGUCUUCGAUCGCCUCAAAAAUGGGGGCUGUAUAGGUAUAUUUCCAGAGGGAGGCAGCCACGACCGAACCGAAAUGCUUCCUUUAAAGGCUGGUGUUGCGAUCAUGGCCCUUGACACUCUUUCUCAAGCCCCCCAUUGUGGUCUUACCAUAGUUCCGGUUGGUAUGAACUAUUUCCGUGCCCAUAAGUUCCGUUCACGGGCCGUGGUCGAGUUUGGGGCACCUUUCGAAGUCCCUACCGAACUUGUGACCAUGUAUCAAAGCAAUGGCGACUCGCGAAAGGAAGCGAUCAGUCGGGUUUUGACAUCAUGCAAAAUGGCUCUUGACAACGUCAUUGUAACCUCGCCAAGUCGCGAAACACUGGGUUGCGUUAGGACCGCUUCCCGGCUACUUCGUACUGGAAAGGAGAGGCUACCUUUAUCGCAGGUUGUUGAGCUCAUCCGGAAAGUUUCCAGAGCAUUCUCAAAGUCAAGAGACGACCCCAAUGUUAUCAACCUGCUGGUUGGCAUUAGGGACUACAACAAACAACUUCGCAGUCUUCGUAUCAAGGACCAUCAUGUGGAAAGUGCUUCUUGGCGACCGUUGCCAGAAAUUGCUUGGCAGCUGAUGAUCCGACUAGUCGCGAUAUCUAUACUCUUUGCAAUUGCGCUUCCAGGACUGAUUCUAUUCACACCCGUUCUCAUUAUGGCCAAGUACAUCAGCAUUCAACGCGCCAAGGCUGCUCUUGCUAGAUCUUCUGUUAAGCUUACAGGACGAGACGUAAUGGCGACUUGGAAGGGCAUUGUUGCUCUAGGUCUUAGUCCUAUCUGCUAUCAUCUCUACUGUUGUGUGCUGGCCUACAACCGGGCUUGGGGAUAUGUACACGUACCAGACAGUUUACCCUGGUAUGCAAUCUAUAUUAUGGGCUGGAUUAUCUUCCCGGCGAUCUCCUUGGUGGCUCUCUGGCUCGGGGAGACUGGCAUGGACAUUGCAAAGUCUUUGCGACCUCUCAUUCUUUGCUUAAGCCCGCCAUUGAAUCAGCGGGUUCAGAGGCUCCGGCUUCGGCGUAUUGAAUUGGCUCUCGAGAUCGAGAGGGCGAUACUGAAGAUGGGA